GUGGAGACCUCUACAAUCAACGAUAAUAUUUACACCGCAUAACCUUAUAAAUACGUUUGUUUACAAAUUAUCGACUAUUAAUGUAAAAGAAGCCAGUUACGAUGAGUGAAGGUGUUUCGGGGGUUCUAAACGAGAUUCUUCGUGUGGAGGGAAUCGAAGAAGCCUUCAGUUGCUUCUUGAUUCAUAGACAAGGGGCUGAAUUGGACAAAAUCUCAGUAUGGGUGCAAGAGUUACAGACAAUCCUUCAGGAGGCCAACAACGAUGUCCUGGAAGCAGCUCUCAGACAAGUGCUAUCUGUUGGAAGCACCUGCUCUUACAGUCGACUGCAAUUGCUCAUGGAAGUUCUGGAGAGGUUGAUCAAACUGAAGGUACUUCCAGCUAGACUUGCCUGCGAGUCCAUCAUCACAUACGACAAGUUACAAUAUCAAAAUCAAGACUUUUGGGUGGAAUGUUUCUCCUUGCUUAGGAGGACAAUUGAUUUGGUGGAAUAUAAAGGUGUUAGAGAAAUCAUGAAGGGUUGCUGUGAGAAAGCAAAGAGCCUCCCUAGACAUUUAAAUAUAGGACUUCAACCGCAAACCAAGGCUUUGUUAAAUUUGGCAGAAAGAAUUAUGGAUAGAGAUGUUUGUUUACUGCCUGGAUAUUUGCUAGCCAAUGAGUUGCAGAAGGCAUAUUCUGAUUGUCCUCAUUGGAGAUUGGCAUCUUUAUUCUACGAUUAUGUGGAUAGUUUCAGAGCUUUGGCACAGAUGGUCUCUAUUGUUGGGCAAACAGAAAUGAGACCUGUUGUGGAGCACAGUGGAUGCCCAGAACAUUUUGUAAAUCCCUGGAAACUGGAUCCUGUGACUUUGAAAUUCACUUUAACAGGGAUUCUACCUUAUCCAAGUGAAUUGCUUUCCAAACAAACAGGUUUAUUGAGAUAUGUUUUAGAACAACCAUACAGUAGGGAUAUGGUGUGCGGUAUGCUUGGAUUGAAACAGCAUAAACAACACUGUGCUGCGCUAGAAGAGCAACUGGUGGACCUGGUGGUGUUAGCAAUGGAAAAGAGCGAACAGGAAGGUGUAGACACGCAAGGAUUAUGGUUGCAUUUAUCGUCGCAAGUAAUUUAUUUCGUUCUCUUUCAAUUCUCGAGUUUUCCAAACAUAGUUCUUGCAUUGCACGAUCGUCUCAUCGGGAAAGAUCUGAAGAAAGGCAGAGAUCAAUUGAUGUGGCUUUUGCUGCAAUUCAUUUCUGGUUCAAUACAGCGAAAUCCUCUAUCAAACUUUCUGCCUGUUUUGAGAUUGUAUGAACUGCUCUUCCCUGACGACGAACCUCCUUUGCCCGUUCCUGAUUUUAAUCAAUCGCAGUGCACAAGGCAAAUGGCCAUUACUUGCAUCUGGAUUCAUUUAACUAAGAAAGCGCAAAGCGAAGGACAUCCUGCUUGGAGUAUACCUCCAAGACUUCGAGCACAUCACGAGUUCUUGCAACAUCUGGUGCCUCCACUCGCUAUGGGACAAGAUUAUAGAAUUGCCUUACUCUGCAACGCCUAUUCAACAAAUCAAGAUUACUUCAGCAAACCUAUGGCUGCUUUAGUAGAGACCAUACAAGGAUCGAAGAGCACAUCUCCGCCAACGGCUCCACUCAGCAUGGCAGUCCUAGAUUCUUUAACUGUUCACUCCAAAAUGUCUUUAAUACACAGCAUCGUAACUCAUGUGAUAAAAUUGGCGCAAAGUAAAUCCGGCGUUCCGUUGGCUCCAGCAUUAGUAGAAACUUACAGCAGAUUAUUGGUAUACACUGAAAUUGAGUCUCUUGGCAUCAAAGGAUUCAUAAGCCAAUUACUUCCAACAGUUUACAAAUCGCACGCUUGGAACACUCUGUAUACUCUACUCGAGAUGUUCAGUUAUAGAAUGCAUCACAUCCAUCCACAUUACAGAGUGCAACUCUUGAGCCACUUGCAUUCGUUGGCUGCUGUACCUCAAGCAAAUCAGACUCAAUUGCAUUUGUGCGUCGAGUCCACAGCUUUGCGUUUAAUUACUGGUUUAGGAAGUGCCGAAGUACAGCCAGAAUUAUCUAGAUUCCUUUCGGAACAAAAAACAUUGGUUUCUGCUGAAUCAGAAGAAUUGAAUAGGGCUUUGGUUUUAACCCUUGCCAGGGCGACCCACGUCACUGGACCUGAUGGAAACUGGUGCACCGAGAUUCUGUCUACUAUAGCCCAAAGUACACCACACGCUUGGGCUCCACACACACUAGAAUGUUUUCCAAAAGCCCUUUUUGAUUUCUUUUCGCAAAACGCAGUUGCCAGAGAGAACAAACAGCAGCUGAAAAAGGCUGUCGAGGAGGAAUACAGGAAAUGGGCUUCGAUGAACAACGAGAACGAUAUUUUAGCGCAUUUUGGAGUACCAGGAGCGCCGCCUCUAUUCCUCUGUUUGCUAUGGAAAAUGCUUCUGGAGACCGAUCAUAUAAGCCCUAUAGCAUACAAGAUCUUGGAAAGGAUCGGCGCUAGGGCGUUAUCCGCUCAUCUCCGUAAAUUCUGUGAUAGUUUGGUCUUUGAAUUUAGUAAUUCGCCUGGUGGACAACACGUUAAUAAAUGCGUGGAUACCAUCAACGACAUGAUAUGGAAAUAUAAUAUAGUGACCAUCGACAGGUUGGUCCUAUGUUUAGCUUUGAGAACGCAAGAAGGAAGCGAAGCUCAGGUUUGUUCUUUCAUCAUACAGUUAGUAUUGUUGAAACCCACGGAAUUCAGAAAUCGAGUGCAAGAUUUCGUUAAGGACAACUCGCCGGAUCAUUGGAAUCAAGUCAAUUGGCACGAACGUCAUUUGGAUUUCCAUCGGAAGUUCCCAGAGAAGUCCGCACCAGAAGAACAAACCGGUGGUUACCAUCCGUAUUUUGGUAACGUCUGUUUGAGAUUCUUGCCCGUAUUCGACAUAGUUGUUCAUAGAUUCCUGGAAAUUCAGCAGGUUACUAAAAGUUUGGAGAUCAUUUUGGAACACCUAGGUUGCUUGUACAAGUUCCACGAUAGACCGGUGACGUAUUUAUACAAUACUUUGCAUUACUACGAAGCGAAAUUGCAUGAUCGUCCGCCCUUGAAGAGGCGAUUAGUUGGUGCCGUUUUGGGAUCGCUGAAAGACACGCUGUCUGAACCUUACCAAGUGUAUUUAGCCAGAGACGAUGUCUGGAUCCCUGAAUUAGAUUACUACAUCCAAUUGGUCAAACGAGUCGUUGACACAGUUUCAGGCAAAUCUCCGGCUUCGCUCACCGAUUGGAGAUUUAACGAAUUUCCAAACGCCGGAGCUCAUAUUCUCUAUACAAGUUGCGUAGAAUUGAUGGCUCUGAGUGCCGGUCCUCCAGCUGUCGCCACUGGUCUUCUGGACGUGGUCUUAAGAGGAUACACUGCUAUACCAUUAAAAGAGAUUAACCAAUGGAUCAACGCAGUCGGAUUGCUGUUAUCCGCUCUACCUAGCAGCUAUUGGACUGUGCUACACGACUGUUUGUUGGAGACCAUCGCUGAAAUGGAACCUUACGUCUGGGACUGCUCUCCAUUCAGACUCUUGGACUUUAAGGAAACGCAUAACGCUAUGCUUUACAACAAGUUCAGUUACAUGCUGGCUUUGGCCCAUUCGGUUUGGCAUCACGCUGGACCAGGUCAUAUAGCCAGUAUUCCCAGAUGGGUUAGGGAUAGACUCCCAUCCGUGGUUAGAUCGGAAGCCCAAUUCCUCAUGGUAUGCCACCUCAUUGGACCAUUCUUCCCACGCUUGAAGCUACUGUCAAUUAACGUUAUGCCCGAAUUAACGCAUUCUUUGUACGAACUCUUGGCGCAGGUCGAUCACGCUCAGAGCGCUUUAAAUUACAUGGAUCCAAUAUGCGAUCUGUUUUAUCACAUCAAGUACAUGUUCAUUGGAGAUGGUCUCAAGAAUGAAAUCGAAGCGAUAGUAAGGAAGUUGAGGCCAGCCUUGCAAUUGAGAUUGAGAUUCAUCGCGCAUUUGCCCAUAGAGGAAAUCAACACGACCAGUUAAAAUAUUUAAAUAAAAAAAAAUAUCCAUAAUAUAUUUAUAAAUAUUU